CUUUCGUGGCAACUCCAUAGAUAACUAUAACUUUGCACGCUUUUCACCCACGACGCAUGGAGGAAAGUAAUACAUACUACAAUAUCAUUACACAUGUCAGACUGGUGGCCGGGGUCCACGCGGAGAGUCUUUGGAUCCGACGACGCCAUCGCGUCGACAUUGUCUAGAUCGCACUUGCACCCACGGCCUAUAAACUUGGCACACAUUGCCAGCGAAUCGAUUUGCGUUGCAAACCAGACACACACAGUAAUUGACAUCUUUGGCACAUCGUAGUAGGUGGGAUCAUGGCAACCUUUGUAACCCAGCCGUAUUCGAUGCCGCAGACGUCCAGCGCCCCAUCUCGGCGGGAGCCAGAACAACAGUUCGCACCGGACGACGACGCUGGAAAGAAGAAAAAGACAAAGAGGAGAAAAGUCAACCAUGCAUGCCUAUACUGCCGUCGAAGUCAUAUGACAUGCGACGAAGGUAGGCCUUGCCAACGAUGUAUCAAACGUGAGAUUGGCCAUCUAUGCCACGAUGAACAGCGCCCACCAAAAGCAACUGCGAAACCCGAAGCUGUGACACCUACCAGCACAGAACCAUCACAACCUCCUCAGUCAGUAUACCCAAGCCCUGCUAUUCCCCAAUCAACGAGCACGUCCUGGUCGAUGAAUGUCCCUCAAAAUACUUUUCUAUACCAACCCGAGACACUUGGCAACGAGUUCUCCGUCCUCACGGACUUUUUGGAAACACUCGACGACGGUUCAUUCUUCACUCCACCGCCACGGGCAGUCACACCGUCUCUGUCAUCUUUCCCCAACACGUCGCCGGAGACCAUGAGCAGUGCAUACGUCACUACAGCUCCUCCCCCAGCAGAUAACGCGACCAAUCCGGCACCUCCCCCUGAUCCGCUGAAAGAAGAAGAGCCAGUACCCCCUUUACUCCCAUCUGCGACCAAAGCGGAGAAAUUUCUUCUCACUGCUGCCGAUCAGGAACCGGGAACGAGAGAUGAGCGCUUGAAUCGCGUCAUUCAAAGCAAGUAUGAGGCAGGUCUGCUCAAGCCGUACGACUACGUCAAGGGCUAUGCACGCUUAUCAGUCUGGAUGGAUAGGAACGUGUCGAAACAGUCUAAACAGCAGAUACUACAGCCUUUAUCCAUUCUUCGUCCCAAGUUCAGGGCCGUAGCGCAGUCCCUACGAGACAUUGACCUCGUUUUCAUUGAAGAAGCCUUCGAGCGAUUGUUAUUAGACUAUGACCGCGUCUUCUCCGCGAUGGGCGUUCCAGCUUGUCUAUGGCGCCGUACGGGUGAAAUAUACAAGGGAAACCGCGAAUUUUCUGAACUCGUUGGUGUGGAUGGCUACAUGAUGCGCGAUGGCCGACUCUGCAUUUACGAGCUUAUGGCUGAGGAAUCCGCUGUCAAUUAUUGGGAGAAAUACGGACAUGUUGCCUUCGAUACCACUCAGAAGGCAGUGCUCACGUCGUGUGUGUUACGGUAUAAGCCCGUCAUUAACACCCAUUCCUCGAAGCGUAAGAAGAACGACGAGGACGGCCCGAGCGAAGAAGGGCACGUGAACUGCUGCUUUUCGUUUACUAUUCGGAGAGACAAGUGGGGAAUCCCUACCAUGAUCGUUGGUAACUUUAUCAAGUGCUGACAACUUGCAAACCCGUGUCCGUGCCUCGCCAGGACAGGAAACGGACAGACCUUGUCACUGCAGAGGAAUAAACUUCGCAGAGCAUGCUGGAUGCCUAAUUACUCUGCGCUCCCGCGAACAGGACGUGACGAUUGUUAUUUG